CUCCAUUUUGUGCGCAACACAAUUUGAUUGGCGGAGCCUCGUUGAGGUCAAAGGUUGACUUCCGGGAUCCAAAACCAACAUGGCGGAUAAAGAAAAGAAGAAGAAGGAAAGUAUCUUUGACUUGUCUAAGUACAUCGACAAGCCAAUUCGGGUUAAGUUUCAAGGAGGACGAGAAGCGAGUGGUGUCCUUAAAGGGUUCGACCCUCUAUUGAACCUUGUAUUGGACGGUACCAUCGAGUAUAUGCGUGAUCCUGAUGACCAGCUCAAACUGACAGAAGACACCAGGCAACUGGGCCUGGUGGUCUGCAGGGGGACCUCAGUGGUGCUCAUUUGUCCACAGGAUGGCAUGGAAGCUAUUCCAAAUCCUUUCAUACAGCAGCAGGAUGGCUAACAAAGCACUUAUUGUGCACAUCAGAAUAUUUUGAAAGUGUUUUUUAUGUUUUUCAUUUUAAACUCUUAGUAGCUGUCACUUUUUUUUUUUAAUAUGUAAUUUAGUCAGCUAAAAAAAACCUUGCAAGCGCUUCACUCUGCCACGUGUGAAUUUCAGUUGAGGCUUGGAUAGUAUCGGUGUUUUCAUUGUCAAGAAUCAUCAACCCGUUAGUUAGCAUUUGUUCUUGGUUUUGAUAAAAGAAAAUAAAGCUUGUUUGAGUUUUGUAUUUA